AAGAAUUGUAAUUGAGAAAAUGCAGCAUGGUAUCCAAAGGCCAUGUCAUUGUUUCCACCAAUAAUGGCAUAUGGUCUGACAACCUACUCACCUCCUUCUCUGCCGAAUCCCAAUCAUAACUUUUUCCUUUCCAGGGACACAGCAGAUGCAGAUCGUGGUACUUUUUAGACAACUAGCACAGUUUGAUCUCUUAUUUGCAGUUGCAUGCUGAUGACGUGUACUUCACUCUCGAGAAUUCUUCCGCUGGAGGAGUUCAGGUUCAACAGCGCGACGCGUCCAAGAUUCAAUCAAAAACAGCUUUUGGUUUUGGAUCAAGAUAUGGAGAAUCUGAAAUUGAUAAUAAGCCACCGAGGUCUAAAAAUGAAGAGCUGCCUGAGACCUGGUAUAAUCAGGUUAUUGAGAGACAUAGGGCUAGCAUACCGCAUAGGUUUUCAUCAGCAGACCGAGAAUCAGAGAACCGUACUCCAGAGGAGAUGUCUGCUUAUCUUAAGCUUGCUGUGAAGCAUAAGAAAAGGUGUUUAGCAUUCAAAGAAGAUCAGUAUGUGGGAUAUGGAAAUCCCCUCCUAGAAAAUGCAUCACAGAAUCCACAUUCUGUUUUAGAUGGUAGUAGUUCAAUUGAUCAUGAAGGAUCUUUUUUCCCAGAAACAAUGUUUACGUCGAACUGUGUUCCUGAAUCCUGGUAGUGCACUUCCACCUAUGAAUAGAGAGCAAGAAGACCAAAAAGUUGAAUUUUAUGGAGUUCUUGAUACGGUACCUCAGGCUUUGACUAGGAGUCCCGUUAUGCUUGAGAGGCUUGGUAUAAGACCUGAAUACCUUAGCAUGGAUCAAGGAGGAAGCUUACAUCGUGGAAAGAAUGGGUCUGCAGGGAACAAAAGUUGUCUUACUCAUGAGCAAGCGGCAGUUAUCUCAAAAGGUAAUAGCCCGGAUGCUGACAAAUGUGGGAUUUGAAGGUUCCUCAGAAGUUCCAAUUGAAGUUUUCUCUCAGUUGCUAAGCUGUCAUAUCUGUAAAUUGGGUAGCAGCUUGAAAGUUCUUACUGAUAGUUACAGAAAGCAGUGUUCAGCAAUUGAACUAUUGAAGAUGUUCCUUCAAACAGUGGGAUAUAGGAAUUUCCAUCAACAAAGUCAGCAGCAAAUUCAUGGAAUGCAGUCACAGUUGCAGCCACAGCACCAGAACCCUAUUCGACUACCCCAACAAAUAUCGAGACAAAUGCAUCCACAGAUGCAGCAAAUUGCCCAAUCCAAGAAUGUGCCGCUUCAGCAACAGCAGCAGAUAGAAAGAAUGCGCAGAUGUCAACCAUCUACUCCUCGUGCUGGUAUGGACAUGGUACAGGACAGACCAAUGGUCCAGGUUAAGAUUGAAGCUCCAUCAGAGUUACCCAUGGAUGGUAAUGCCUUCAACAGUUUCAACAACAGACAUCCACAAUUGCAGUUCAGGCAGCAGCAAAUUCCUGCAUGAUAGUUUGAUAAUUUGACAGUUUGUAGGUACAAGUGUUGAACUUAUUAAUUGAAUUUAAGGCGGUGCACGGGCCGUGCGUAACAUGAUUUUCAAAUAUAUUUUUUGUGGGUAGAUAUUUCAAAAAUUAAAAAUUUUGUAGAAAUAUAUGAAAAAUUUUGAAAAACUCCUGACGGAAAUAGUAUAACAUAUGAAUUUCAUUUUGAUAUACUUUAAAAUUAUGAAAAUUUAGCCGGAAAUUUCGAUAAUUUCAGAGAAAUUUGAAACUUGAUUUAGACAGAUGCUUCACGUGGUGUUCAUGUGUUUCACGUAGUUUAGUAUUCAUCACUCGAUCGUUAUUGGAGCGCUUCAGACGGAUGCUUUUCUGGACACACCUAACAAGAUGAUUGAGCAAAUGCGCACUAUCAACUUGGUGCUGCGUCAGAAUUCAGAUCUACCACUGCAUCAAAUAAAUGUGUCGACUAAAGGAAUAUUAUAAUAUCUGACCAUCAAUAAGUUGACUGUUAGGUCUAUAGUCACUGACCGUUAGGUCAUCAACUGCAA